AUGGUCGGCGAAGGCGUGCCCAUAGAUGAAGCAGAAGCGAGCGGUGACGUCGUUGUGGUUUCAGAUGGCGAUGAAGAAGACAGCCAACGAAGAAAAGCGAUCAGGAUGCAAGCGAUGCCUCUUGAUGAUAUAACAGCAAUCCCUGUCAGGAUCAUCAUUGACAAAGGCAUGAGGUUGUCUUUAUUCAACAAUCGCAGGAGUACAGAAGUUCCAAGCGGUGACGAGACAUCGUCGGGUGGCUGUAAAAUUCACUUUUUUGUGGGCCUCAUUGUGGUGUUACAGUAA